AUGAGGGCAAUCGAUAGCUUUCAAGUUCUUUCAUAUACCUUCCUGGCACUUACUCAUCUCAGUCGAGCAAGUAUCCCCCAACACAAUGUCCCAAUUCUUGCGCCCAAACCGUCCGACAUCGACGCGAUAUCUUUCCUCAGUUCCCAAGCGCAAGACCAGGACAGCAUCUUCAACGAAGCUGUCAGGAUCCUGGACUCGAUGAAAUCUUCACCCUCAUGCAACCGGCUUGCUGCUACAAAACUAGUGAACUCGUGUCAAACAUUCAGCGAUGGCAAAGAUGGCGCGCAGACGGAUAGCCCAGAGACGCUUGACAUUCUUCGAUCCGUCUAUGCCGCACGCCUGGCAUUGUGCGAGAUAGACGGCACUGGCACCCCGAUGCCUCCCACGUGUCUUCCUGUCACCGUCUCGCCGCCUCCACAGAAGAAUCGAUUCGGCUUUGUGAGUCGGCACAGAGGCUCUGACCCUGUCUCGGAUGAAGUCCCCAAGGAAUUACUGGAGCAAUGUCUCAGAACGCUCGAGUCGCGACCCCAGUGGUGGACUUCCUAUAGCAACAGUCGGCAGAAUGCCCUUGUGAUCUGUCAUGCCUCGCGAAUAGAGACGGAGAAAGAGGAGCUAAUUGACCUACAUCGAUCCAUUGCCAAGAGCAGUCUCAAGCUCAACAACGGGCUUCAAGAGGCUUUGCAAAAUGCAACUGCACAGUCUGCGCAGCAGCAUUCAUUCAUACAAGCUGUCCAAUCUCUACAAGAGAAGAUCAUGACCGAUAUGGAAGCGACAGACUCUGUGUUCAAACGAACAUUUGGCAGAUUUCUCAGAGAAAUCGAAGCCGGGAUAUCGUCUCUACAAGAUUCUAUAUCUGUGGCUCUGUCAAAUGUGCGGACUGGAACAGGGGCCCUCGAAAAGGACAUCCGGAACGUAUCGACUCAAGUGGGAGCACUCCAACAAGCUCUACGGAGUGCACACCAGGACGCAAUGGCUAGAAGCCAGGAGACGUUGCUGGUCCAAGAAACCAAUGCUGUCGCCCAGAAGCAUCUCACUUCUUCUUUACACCUGUCGCUCGAGUCGCUUCUUGACUCAGACAUGGACAGAGUGUACCGAGGAAUGCAGAGAUUCGAUGCUGCUAUGGAAUGGUUGACCAGCCGAAUGAACAUGAUUCUUGAGCAAGAAACCAGGAUGAGAGAGCGACUUCAAAACAUGGAAACCUUCAUUCAACAAUCCGAAUCGAAAGCCAGCGAGUUACAAAAGGCCCAAGACCAACAAACAGAAGCACUAUCUGCACAAUCGCGGGCUCAGGAGGCCAUCCAAUUCGACGCGCAAGUAUCGCAAGCUUUGCUGGCCAAAACUAGCGUUGCCGCUGCCAAUUUGCAAUCCGCUAUCGACGAUGCAGCUUUCAAAUUCAAACAUGUCCCCGGUUUCGGUAUCGGGGAUCCUCCGCGUGGUCUCUCUGUGCCGUCCUGCUCAUCGUCAUCGCCGCCCAGAACCUUAAGAUUGCAAUCGGUUUAUUUUUCCUCAUUUUGGGGCAUUCUGUUGCCCUGA